GUCACAUCAAGCCUUUUCAGCGUGAACCAGCAAAGGGACCAAAGGCAUGGGCUGCUCUCAAGGGUGUACACACUCCUGCAACAGCGGCGGUGGCUGUGGUUUUGGAGCGGCAAAUGGCGGCACUUCGAAUUGACGAAGGCGAACCGGUGGAGGAAGGAGUGCAGAAAUUCUUCGACUUGUUGACACGGCUCGAAGGAGCUGACCUGAACUACAGUGACCUUCAAAAGAAGACCAAGCUGUUGGCCUUACUUCCGGACUCAUGGUCCUCGCUCAUCAUCAACCUUAAUCGAGAUCUGCCCCGUCUCUCACUCGAAGAUGUGAAGCGGGAAAUCUUACAAGAAGAUUUCCGCCGUCGCGAAUUGGCGGGUCCCGAUGGUGCCGGAGUUGCAAGCAUGGGCCGUGGGCACGGCCGUGGAAGGGGCAGAGGGCGAGGAGGAAGAUUUGGCAGCAGUAACUUCAAUGGAGGCCGUGGUAAUGGAGGAUAUGGCAGCAACAACAACAACAAUGGCUACGGGCGUGGGCGCGGUCGAUUUGAUGGCGAAUGCCACUUUUGCCACAAGACCGGCCACAUGUGGAGAGAUUGCUUCAGAUUGCCUGAUGGAUGGACCCCUUCUCAAGGCCAAGAGGGCAGAGGAGCAAGGGGAGGAAGAGGCAGAGGUCAUGGAGGCCGUGGUGGUCGUGGAAGCGAAGCGGCAAGCAUGAAAGGUGGAGACUACGACAAGGACUCGAGUGAAGAUCGAUACCCGGGCCAAUUCUUCUUUGUCUCCACGCAAGCGACAGCUGCAGCAGGAGGUGUGGAAGGCUUUGAGGAGCCAGCUACUGUGGGAAAGGUCAC